GCUAUUUCCAGGCACACGUCGGACGAUUUCGCUUUUAAUGCUGGAUUUCGGUCAUGCUAACGCUAAUUCUGAAGUCUCUUUAGAGCAGUUGGCGACAAUUAUUUGUAGCGUACAGUAAUUAUGCAAUAUCGGAUCCAACAUGACGCUAAAAUACAUGCGGCAUUUGCGUAACAGUCAUUCGUCCGUUUGGAGCUGACUGUUAAACCUCGCCGCCCAAGAGAACCACUUUCCGGUCUCGACUCCACAGAGGACAUUUCUGGACACAGCGGCCCGCGCGUCUUGACAAAGCUUUUUCCUCCCUUCAUCGGCUCUUUUCAACCCUAGCAUCGUAAAAAAAAAAAAAAAAAAAAAAAAAAAAAAAAGGGGGGGAAAAAAGCGAGAGGGCCCCCUCCUCCUUCAUCAUCCUCAUCCUCGUCACACAGCACCCGAGAAGCCUGCUGGAAUCGAUACAAGAACAGCGGCAGCCAUCGACACUGUUCACUGCGCCUCUUGGGACGAUCAGCGUUGUGUUUAUGUCUUUAUUUUGCGAAAACGAGCUGUUGCGCAGCCGUUGGAACCUGUGUGGUGGAAACUUAGCCUUCAAGCGGGGAGCUUGCGGCCACGGCGGCACGGCGUUUUUCAUGUCAGAGACAGAGCACGCUUGCAGUCGUUUAUGUCAUCCCCUCUUUUCCAGACAGAAGAUCCCGGAAAGUCCCCAAUCACGAUCCUUUUAUCUCACUGAUAGUAGCGCCGUCCAGCCAACAUGUCUGUCAAUGUCAACCGCAGCGUGUCAGACCAGUUCUACCGCUACAAGAUGCCCCGUCUGAUCGCCAAGGUGGAAGGGAAAGGGAAUGGAAUCAAGACUGUCAUUGUCAACAUGGUCGAUGUUGCAAAGGCGCUGAACAGGCCUCCAACAUACCCGACCAAGUUUUUUGGCUGUGAACUUGGCGCUCAAACCCAGUUCGAUACCAAAAAUGACCGUUACAUUGUCAACGGCUCGCACGAGGCCAACAAGCUGCAGGACAUGCUGGAUGGGUUCAUCAGGAAAUUUGUGCUGUGCGCCGAGUGCGACAACCCAGAAACCGACCUGAACGUGAAUCCCAAGAAGCAAACCAUCGGCACGUCCUGCAAGGCCUGCGGCUACCGUGGCAUGCUCGAUACCAGGCACAAACUCUGCACCUUCAUCCUCAAAAACCCGCCAGAGGCCAGCGACAGCGGAUCCACCACCGUCAAGAAGGAGAAAGAGAAGAAGAACCGCAAGAAAGACAAGGAGAACGGCUCAGGAAGCGGAGAGGCCGGAAACCAGGAGAAUAUUGAUGCUCCUGACGCUGUGGUGCGUUCACCCCCGCCCCUCCAUGCCAGCUCGUGCUUGUAUCGCUGCCGCUCAGGCUCGCCCGCAUUUCAGGACGGAGACGACGACGACGACUGGGGGGAGGAGACCACCAAGGAGGCUCAGAGGAGGCGAAUGGAGGAGAUCAGCGACCACGCCAAGAACCUGACGCUCAGCGAGGAUCUGGAGAAACCUCUGGAGGAGAGAGUCAACCUCUUCUACAACUUUGUCAAACAACGGAAGGAGAACGGCACGGUGGACUCGGCCGACAAGGAGAUCCUGGCCGAGGCCGAGCGUCUGGACGUGAAGGCCAUGGGCCCGCUCAUCCUCAGCGAGCUGCUCUUUGACGAGAAUAUCCGCGAGCAGCUCAAGAAAUACAAGCGUCACUUCCUGCGGUUCUGCCACAACAACAAGAAGGCUCAGAAGUACCUGCUGGGCGGCUUUGAGUGCUUGGUCAAGCUGCACCAAGUCCAGCUGUUGCAGAGAGUUCCCAUCAUUCUCAAGGACUUUUACGACGCUGACCUCCUAGAGGAGGACGUUAUCUUUGCCUGGGCCGAGAAGGUUUCCAAAAAGUAUGUCUCCAAGGAGCUGGCCAAAGAGAUCCGCGCUAAGGCGGCGCCAUUCAUCAAGUGGCUGAAGGAGGCCGAGGAGGAGAGCGAGGGCAGCGAUGAAGACAAUGAGGAAGAUGAUGAGAAUGUCGAGGUGGUUUAUUCCUCUUCGGCACGUGAGCUCAAAGUGGAGACUGUGAAAGUGGAUAAGCCGGAGAAGGAGGACGAAGACAUCGAUAUCGAUGCCAUCUAAGACGCACGGACAAUAUUGAUGACAUGAUUCUUGUUUUUUCUUUGUGGCUUUGACUCACGAUUUUGAAAUGGCUAAACCCCUUAGCUCUGGCCACCCUGUAACCAGCUGACUCCUCCCUCCCCCUUCGCUUUGAGGCAUGUUCUCUUAACCUUGCGCGCUAAGCUAACUGGCUGCACAUCCACUCUUCUGUCACGUUGAUGUGCAUACAAGCCCUAAAAUAAGACGAGUUGUUACGAUGCUCGUUUCUGGGAGGGAUUUUAAUCAUGCCUGUUUUUUGAGGGUCAUUGCAGUGCACUUUUUUUGGUCCCUCAUACUUUUCCAGUCAAUAAAGAAGUGAAUGUUUUGCUAUCCACAA